AUGAACACCCAUCCUGACACGGCAUCUUAUGCCUCGGCUGGAUUCGGCAACCGCAUUGGCUGGGGUACACGGCCAGCCUUGCUUCUGAUCGAUGUCUGUCAGGCAUAUUGGACACCUGGGAGUCCACUGGACACGACAGCCUCCAAUCCGGGGGCGCUGGCAUCAAUCGAUUCAAUGAAAGCUCUUCUCUCUGCAGCCCGCGAAGGCGGUUGUCCCGUGAUCUGGACCAAGGUGGAAUAUCAAGACAUGUCUGAAGCCGGGAUCUUUUGGCUCAAGAGCAAAUCAUUGAAUGUGUGGGAAAAGGGUGACACGAGGGGGUAUGAUCAGUGGGUUGAUGGGUUGGUGCCGCAACAGCCAAAGGAAAUCGUGGUCAGUAAACAUUAUCCCAGUGCCUUUUUCGGCACGGAUAUCGCGACAAGAUUAAAUCUUUUGAGGGUGGACACUCUGGUCAUCUGUGGUGUCAGUACGAGUGGCUGUGUGAGAGCCAGUACCUUGGAUGCCAUGUCGUACGGGUUCAGGCCUAUGGUCGUAGGCUCUGCCUGUGGUGAUCGCUCAGCACAAAUUCAUGAUGCCAACAUGUUUGACAUGAAUGCCAAAAUGGCCGAUGCUGUCACUGAAGAAGAGGCAGUCGCACACCUGAAAUCCGGUACUACAUGA